CCCUCCCUCACGGAGCUCCCCAAACACCAUAACCAUACACCGAGAAACAUCAAACAUCAAACAUCAUGACAGCCCCACCCUCCGUCUUCCGCCCCGGGGCCACAGCCCUCAUCACCGGCGCCGCCUCCGGGAUCGGCUUCGCGACCGCGCAACACUGCCACCAGCAGGGGAUGAACCUGAUCCUGGUGGACAUCGACCCCGCCAAGCUGACCGAGGCCGCCAACGCGCUGGACCAGCCCCAAUCGACCACCAAAAUCCACACCUUCGUCCUCGACGUGUCCCAGCAAGCAGCCUGGGAGCGCCUCAAGCCGACCAUCCACCACCUCUACCCGGACGGCAUCGACCUCCUCAUGCUCAACGCGGGGCGCCUCGCCCGACCAGCCCCCGGCAAAACCCCCUGGCAGGACCCGAGUUACUUCGAGACGACCUUCGCGACCAACACCUUCGGCUACACGAACGGACUGGCCGCCUUCCUCGACAGCGUCACCACCACCACCACCACCACACCAAACCAAAACCCCCGCGCGAUCAUCCUCACCGGCUCCAAGCAAGGCAUCACCAACCCCCCCGGCAACCCGGCGUACAACGCCUCCAAGAGCGCCGUCAAGACCAUCGCCGAGCAUCUCGCAUUCGACCUCCACAGAACCCACCCGCAGGUCGGCGUGCAUCUGCUCGUGCCCGGCUGGGUGUACACCGGCAUGAUGCAGACGCAUUUCCCCACCAAGCCGGCCGGGUGCUGGACGCCCCAGGAGACGGUCGCGUUCAUGGUGCGCCGGAUGGCCGCCGGGAGUUUCUAUAUCAUCUGCCCCGAUAACGAGGUCAGCGAGGAGUUGGAUAAAAAACGCAUUGCCUGGGCCUGUGGGGAUGUGGUGCAUGAUCGGCCGGCGUUGACGCGGUGGCGCGAGGAUUGGAAGGAGCGGGCCGCGAAGGGGAUCGAGGAGUUGGAUGUGUCGAAGUAGGUCGUGCCGUUGGUUGAGGAGGUGUAAGGUGUAAGGUGUAAGGUGUAAGGUGUAAGGGUGUGGGAAGAUGAAGGUGGGGUAUAUUGGUGUGUAGGGCGAGGAUAGGCGGGGUGACAGUGUUGAACGACUAGUUCAAACAAAUGUGGAUGCAACUCAUGGCACUACCUACCUAUUACCUACCUAUGCAUGUUAUGCGCAGUGGUAUGAGUUUAGUUCCACUGGAUCGUGCACUUUCAUUGGUCGCAUACAACUACUAGUCAGCAGCAUCAUGC